UCAUAUAAGAUGUGAAUCCUGUUUUCUAGCCCUCUGCUUUUUACAUUUAACAAGGAAACACCCACACACCACCUUGAGAUUUUUGCCCUUUACAGGACGUAUCUUCCCUUCUACAGCGAGUCUAUGUUUCAGUGGCAAAAGGUGAGCCGUGCUGAGAAAUUAAAAGAGAGAGACUUGGGCUCUUUGCUUUGGUAAUGCAUCUUGGGGACAGCGAGUGAAUGGAGGAGCUGGCAAAAUUCACGUACCUGCCUGGAGGUUGGUUGGCUUCCCUCCCUCAGAACUUCUCUGCUUGUGCAAGCAAGAGCUCCAUCCAUCCUCCACCCGCCUCUGAGGGAAGAAGGAACAGCCCAGCCUGCUAGGUGGUUUCAGCGGUUGCGUGUGUGUUUUUUUUUUAAAUGCUGGCUUGCCCUGCCUCAGCAGCAAGCACACCCAGGGAACAUUCCGGCCGACUGCUUUUCUGCCGCUGAGGAGACGACAUUCAUGGACCUCCGUUUGAUUCGGAUAUGUCACUGUUGUCAGGGCAACUGUUAACGGUGGCGUAUCAUAUUUUCUCCUCUUGGGCUGCGUGCUGAAUAUUUCAGUAUGCAGUAGCUGGGAAGAAGAUACCGGGAGGAAAAAGGUAGCUGCAUCAGGAAGGAAAAAAGUCGUGGGAUCUGACUGAACAGGUUAAGGUGGCAAGAGGAGGAAGCCUUCAAACGGAUGGGGCUUUAAUUAAGGCCUCUUCUUUUGUGUGCCCGUCAAGGUGGAGGAAACUGCAGGCCCUCAUCUGCCAAGUCAGUGUUGGUAUCUGUCAGCUGUUUGCAGACUGCUUAGCCAAACAGGAUCUUACAAAUGAACAAGCUGCUUUGCAGCUAGCUAGCUGCUAAGUGGAACCUGGGAUUUCUAUUUUGUAGUAAAUAAAAGCAAUAUGCCUGGUUCUGCAACUGCUAUCCGACAAGAGAGACUCAAGAAGGCAGGUGUGAGGCCAAAUACACCUGUUCUGUUUACCAUUAAUGAGGAGGAUGAGCAGCAAAAGAACUGCAAUUCCAAGAGACUGAAAGUGUCUGAAAGCUCUAAAUUACAAGACAAAAAAGCUGCUUCAUCCAGCCGUCCCUCCACUGCUGCCUUAGGGCAGAAUACGAACAACAAGGGAGCCAAGCCAGACUCUACACCAGUACUGAAAGUUGAUGAGAGGCUGCGAGUUGCCCGAGAACGGAGAGAGGAACGAGAAAAGCUGUUAGCUGCAAGAGAAGUUGCCUGGUUUGAAAAAGAAGAGAGAGCACGGCAAUAUUAUGAGAAACAUCUAGAAGAGCGCAAAAAGAAAUUAGAAGAGCAGAGGCUAAAAGAAGAGAGAAGACGGGCAGCAGUUGAGGAAAAACGAAGAUUGAGAAUAGAAGAGGAGAAGGAGCGACAUGAAGCUGUCGUGCGCCGCACGAUUGAGAGGAGCCAGAAACCAAGGCAGAAGCAAAAUAGGUGGUCCUGGGGAGGUACACUUCAUAACAGCAGCAGCAUUAAUAAUACAGAUCCAGACAGGCGAUCUGUUUCAACAAUGAACCUUUCGAAACAUGUUGAUCCAGUCAUUAACAAGCGGCUCUCCUCCUCAUCUGCAACAUUACUAAAUUCUCCAGACAGAGCUCGACGUCUGCAGCUAAGUCCAUGGGAGAGCAGCAUUGUUAGCAGACUACUGACGCCGACGCAUUCAUUCCUGGCCAGAAGUAAAAGCGCAGCAACUUUGUCAGGCGAUGCAGCAUCUUGCAGCCCCAUCAGCCCUCUCUCCUUAAAGGCCAUAAGCUGUCGAAAUCCAGCAGACAGAACCAAACUCUUCGGUACGACACCUGACGUGAGACGGAGGAGGCCCACCCAUUCGGCAGGGACUAACAGAAAAGAAAAGGAAAAGCGCUUUUCAUUGUCUCAUCCUUCCUCUGGCAAAAAAAGAGCUCAUUCACCUUCUACUUUCAGAAUAAAAUCAUCUCCUUGGCAUGCCUCUGGAUCAUUUCCCUUUUUGCCUGGAACACCCAAGAAGGUUCCAACACAUGGAUCAUCUAGAAUCUCUUCCACUCAACCUCGCCCCCCUUCCCCUGGCAACAUUCGGCCUAUUAAAAAUGAGCGCAAAGUGGAAAAUGAGAAAAAGGAAAUACAGCUGGAAUCUGUGAAGGCAACUGAAGAAAAGACGGACCCUGAGAAGGCAAGGGUGGUUGCAAAUGAAGAAGGACAUCCUUGUAAACCAGAGAUCGCACAAACUCUGCCCUCUGCCCCUUCAGCUGCUUCACCCUCUCCAGUCUCUAGCAAGCCUUCUGCAGGGACAACAGACGCAGAAGAAGCAACCAGGUUGCUUAGUGAAAAAAGGCGACUGGCCCGGGAGCAACGGGAACGGGAGGAGCAGCAAAGAAAAGAAAGGGAAGAGACUGAAAGGCAAAAGAAGGAGGAGCUGGCGCAGAGGAUAGCAGAAGAAAGGGCUCGCCGAGAGGAAGACGCUCAGAAGCAGGAAGCAGAGAGGAAGCAAAGAGAGGCAGAACAUGAGCAGGAAAAAGAGGAGCAGUUGCGCCGCCUGGCUGAAGAAAGAGAGCAGAAAGAAAGGGAGGAAAUGGAACACCUUCAGAAGCAGAAGGAAGAGGAAGCUCGGCUACGAGAAGAGCGGAUUCGGUUAGAGCGUGAAAAGCAUUUCCAAAGGGAAGAACAAGAGCGCUUAGAAAGGAAGAAGCGUCUUGAGGAAAUUAUGAAAAGAACCAGGCGAACGGAAGCUGCAGAGAAGAAAUUAAAUGAACAACAAAAUGGAGAGAUUGCAAAAGAAACAGUGAGCAGCCCUACAUCUCCAUUAAGCCCCAUGAUGGGCUCUCAGGUUCAGUGUGUGACAGAAUCUCCACGCAACGGGGAAUUGGUGACCCAUACACAUGUGCUCAUCUCUCAUCAGCCCAUAGACAACCUAGACAGUAAUCUCAACCCAGGAAAACUUCCAAAUGAAAAUGGAGUGACUAUGCAGGAUGAAAACUUUGAAGAGCUCAUCAGCUUACCCAUGGGAACAAAACCAUCCAGAUUGGAUGCCUUGAACAAUGAUGAGAAAGGGAGUUCUGACAUUCCUUUGACUCCCAUUUUGGCCUUUGAAGAGAAGGGGACGCUAGGGCCAUUGCCUCAGGUAGAUAACGUUCAAACACAUCAAACGGCAGAAGUUGUCUGAUCUCGGCUUAUGAAUUACCAAGGCUAAGCAAAAGCCUGUGCAGCCAAUGGAGUUCCUUCCAUGCUAUGAAGGAGUGUUGUACUUUUUGCACUCUUGAAUUUUCUAAAAAAAAUCUUGGACAUCUUUCUUUUCUUUUUUUUAACGACCGUAGCAAAACCAGCAGAAGAAUUUAUUGGGAAUAGACUUGGAUUAUCUUGUUAUCAAAUAUAUCUCACAACUAAGAAAAUCAUGUUUCAUAAAUUGCUUUUAUUCAGCAAGUUCCUUUGGUUAGCAUAAUGGAUAUUUACUGUGUUCUUGAGGGGGGGAAAGAUUAAGUGGAUUCUAACAAUAACGGGCUGGUUGGGAUAAUGGACCUGUUGGUUUUGUUUCGUUUUGAAGAUGAGUUUAAUGUAAAAUCAGCAAAGAAUCUUUUACAUUUUACUGAUUGAAUACUUGAAAAGUAAAUGCCUCACUGCUCUACAAGUAGGGCAACUGGGGUGUUGUUUUUUUUAUUUGAACCUGUUGGUUUAAAUAUUAUUGCAGAGAACUCUUAACUAUGGGGGCAAAAUAUAGGCUUCUGUAUCAGGUUCUUGUAAAUGUAACUCCUACUUGGACAUUCUGUAUAUUUAGGCAUCACUACUGUCUUCUUCCAUUUUCUUUAAAAUAAAAUAAAGUAAAGUAAUACAGCAGGUUUUAAAAUGUGAAAAAUUGAAAGCAUUAUUUUUUCAUGGAUGAAAUGAAAACCUGUUGUUAUCCUAGAUAAUGUAUUUAUUAAUUUUGUUCAGUACAAAAUAAAUCAUAGAAAAAUGUGGUGAAAGCUACAUUGCAAACUUGAUUUUUGUUAGUUUCAACUUUGUUCAGGGAAUACAAAGCAUAAAGCAAUGUCUUUGAGCUUGAUGUGGCCGAUUCAGCACUGUGAGUUAUCUUCAGGCUUGAAAAGUUAAGGAAUAGAGCUCUCUUCAGCUAAUGGUGUGAUCACUGAGGUUUAUAGAGGCUCCUAGCACUCCAGAAAAAGAUAGUUUUGGUGUCAUGAGAUGAA